AUGAGAGCUAUACAAGUGCGACUUGGUGAUCAUCGCCAUAAAACCAAACGAUUUUUACUUGACAGUCAAUGUGUACGACAAAAAACAAAACAAAUCCAAAACUUAUCUCGUUUGUAUGAAACUGAUACAAUUAGUUUAAAACAAUAUUUGACAAGUUUAUCGUAUCUCGUUGGUGAUUCAACGUCAGUUGAACAUAUGGAAAAGAAUAAUAUAAAAUGGACUCCAACUGUCACGAAUAAUGCUGUUGAUAAUGGCAAUGUUGAUUAG